AUGCCUCCACGUCUACCACUGACGACUGCAUCGCUACUCAAUGGCCUCAGUGAACGAUAUGUCUGCGCGUCGUGCGCUCGCAAGGCCACACGAAGCCUUACUUCACCGAGGACCGAACCCGCCAGACAAAGCAAGCAUACGUCGACCGCGCCGUUGAUACGACUGCGCGACGGUAAACCCCGCCGACAAGCAUAUGCGAAGCAGGAUAUACAAGGAUUGCCACGGCUCGCCCGAAGGCAUGCAUCAAACGCGACAUUGGCGUCCGCGACAGCCAUCAAUGCCCCAUCUUCUGUUCCGCCAGCAUACCGCGAGCUUCACCAGAAGCUGAUCGCCCUACAAGAGACCGCAGGAAGCUAUGUGGAUCUAGCUCGACUACAGCUGGCGGCUCGGAGCCUAGAGGGGGAUGACCCGGUAAGCGGUCCUUCAGCGGCCAGAAAGUUGGCUAGGGUACUGCUGAGUGACGCGCUUUCGGACGAGGAGCGGUGGGAACAAGAGAUACUGGAAAGCAUUCACGAUGGGAGGGACCUUCUUCUGAGGUAUGGAGACACGGAUGAGACGGUCCAAAGCAACCCUCUGGUCAAGACGCUCAAUGUUCCUUCGCCAUACUUGCGGCGGCACAAAUUGGAGAUCCUAGUCACUGGUCUGAGUUUCAGCAGCGGUCCGUCGACAUCGAACGAACGGCGGGCACUCGAGGAUGCAGUUCUCGUGCCAUCCCUUACAACACCAAACUCUCAGGGCGGCCGUGUUGGUUUCGUGCGCUAUCCUGUUCACAAAACUAUCCUGGUCGCUGAAGGGAUCUCUAGUGCGGUGCAGUACGGUUCGCUGCCACCAGGACUCGCAGACGGAGGUAACAUCACCGCUGCCUUGAGCGUGCCUCUUCGAUCUACAUCUGGAGCGGACUCAGCGGAAGAAGAAGCAUCCGCAAAUAGUGUUGACAUCGAUCUGGCUGUUCAUGCAUUGGAGCUUUUCCGGACCAGCAAGGCCAAUGGUGCCAAGUUCAGCAAGGAGUGGCAGACCAGUCGGGUAGGUACUUUGGCCGAGUGGAUGGCAGGAUCUGCUGAGUCUACGGCGUCUGGGCUGAGACCGGCUGUCCGUGGCCUGGUCGCCUCCGUUCUGUCGGACACAUCGAAGUCGAUCUCGCAAGCCGAGGAAGCAGGAAACACAACAGUCAUUGCUGGCACAGUCUCAGACACAAAACGCCAGAGUCUUGAGUCUGCAAUAGCGAGCUGGUCUGGCAGCUCCCACCGAGAUUUACAGCUAAAUCUUGAUACCGCAUUUGCAACCUCGCCCUCAUGGCGGAGGACGACAUGGUGGCGGCUCUUCUGGCGCAUCGACGAUGUCACUGUGUCGGCAUCCGACGUCCUGCGUCGAAGCUGGCUCACCGAAUCAGAACAAGCUCUUGCCUUCUUGAGUGGGCGCAUUCUUGAGACAGGACUAGCGACACCCGAGCAACUACGGGACGCCGCACCACAGUUGAUCAAAGGGAGUGAGCCGGCAGAAGCAAAUAAAGCAGAAAACCCCGCACAACGUCGAGAGUCUGUGGCCGAACUUCUGCAGAUUCCAUCUAUGCUUGCCCGUGUGCAGCAAGAGAGUGGCGUCAAUGCUCAGUUCAGCCCUCCCUGGCCACAGUCGAUCAAUCUGAGCCGGCAGUACAUGAUACGUACACUUGUACCGGAGCUGCAUCGCAAGGCCCAAGCCCUUCUAUUGACGAGUCUCAGCACCAUCGGUGGAUCCGCGGCACUGGGAGGCUGGUUCUACUUGGCUACCGGCGGCGGAGGGCUGUACGAGUCCGGCGCCAUCGUGGCAUUAGGGCUGGUAUGGAGCUUACGGCGCUUGCAGAAGAAAUGGAGCAGCGAGCGCGAAAGCUUCGCAGUCACUAUUCGCGAAGAUGCUCGAGGAGUGCUUGGAGAGGUGGAGAGCCACCUGCGGAAGCUCGUGGGUGAAGGCGGCCGAGCGACGGUCCGUGCUGAGGACGCGCAAAGCUGGCAGGUGGCGAGGCAGGCGCUGAAAGAGUGCGAAGGUGCUUUGAGUAAGAUUGAGACGAAGAGGUAG